AAUUGUCGCGGUGAGCGUCGUCGCGGUCCGUACCGUUUACUCAUACUUUUAUCAAAACCGCUUACUAUCACGAUAAAUUAUAUGUUUUUGUGACGAAUAAUACGAUUAGUACGACGCGCUAAUCAAACGUUGUUCGUUCGGUCGGUUUAUAUUUUGUUUUCUCGCCGCUCGUUGAACGGUUACAUUAGUCCGGUACCGCCGCAGCAGCAGCCAUUACGAAGAUCGUUCGACGACGCUCGUGUGGCCCGUGAAAGCUAAGCGAUCGCACACCUCUCUGCGUACAACACACUACAACAGACAUUUUUUUCAAGUCGACCCGAUAAACGCCGGCACGAUGUGCGAUUACAACGCAAAGGACUUGAGCGAACCAGAAGACGGAGACAACAGAGGCGACGGCACCGAUAACAUUGACAAACGUGCGUUCGAUGAAAUGAACAAUCAAAUUCAAAUUGUUCUCCAGGAUAUGAAAGACAAAUUCCAAACUAUGUCUGAUCAAAUAUUGUUGAGAAUAGAUGAUAUGGGUGCACGUAUCGAUGACUUAGAAAAGAAUAUAUCUGACUUGAUGAUCCAUGCUGGUCUUGAAACUCCAGACAAAUGAUAUUUAGAAUACUAUCGUAUUACAAGAAAUGAAUAGGUCAUUUUAU